AUAUAUAUCUAUCCUCUUUCAACGUUGUUUAUCAUAGUAGGCAAACAGGUAUGGUUGACUCUCAAAGAAGAAGGCUCAUAUUGAAUCUCUUUCAUUUUUUUUUUUUUUUUAAUUUUUCUCUCUUCAUCUACGAUCUUUCAUAAUAUCGUUAUUUUCCUUUCUCUAUCCUUUACUUUUUCACGUUAUCAUUUUCUUUAACAUUUUAUCGUUCUCGUUCUAAUAAAUUACACUGCACGAUAAAUGAAUUUUUUUCUCUUUUUUUUUUCUUUUUAUUAAACAUAUUUUUUUUUUAAACGAAUCUUUCUUCAAGGAUGAAUAGAUUAUAUAAACUGCCUGAACUAAUCAUACUUAUUACCGUUUAACUUCAGUACAGAAUGAAUUAUAAGAUAACAUCAUUCCCGAAGAGAACAACAAUUUUCGCCCAGGCUGCUGGCUUCAAGGUCGCGUGGGAGUUACCCACAAGCAACUUCUUGGACAAUCGUGUCGGCAGAUCCCUUUCUGACGUCCACGAGUCCGCGAAGCUCGUUUACGAGAGUCAUGGUUUCGAUGGACACUCCUGUCUUCUGAAGAACAUCUGUCACAUUCUCGAGUACGUAAAAUGGAAGGAUGGCGUUAUGGCGAAGAUAUUGAAAUUAUUCGUCGGGCCAUACAUUAAUAACGACACGUCGACCAAUGCAUCGCCAGAUUUCUGUCGCGUUCACCUCGAAAAUUGUCCAUUAGAGUUCCAAGGGGUCAAUGCUUUUUCAGAGAGAACUUCCGAACCUUCAUCACGUAAUUGAAGAUGAAGAGAA